AUGCGACCUCCUCUCGACGUUACUAACGCUUUACAGUUGAUAUACUUAUAUCUCGCCGCCUCACACGGUCACACCAUUCGACAUCAGCAAAAACAGAACCAAAAGUUGUGUAGUCAAAUGCCACACAUGACAUGCCCUGCCCUGCCCUUUCCUCCACCAUCUCCCACCUUCUGGAAGCACAGGUCCUAUGCUUCCGGAACAUUGUACACUGUAUCCUCUGACUGGCACAUCGCUCCCGCAGCCGCAGCCGCAGCCACCAUCUGUUCUACUGUCGAGCGGCUGGCCGCCUGUGUAAACUUUGUAGUGAGCGCGGCGGCAUCGACUUCACCUCCCUUUCCAAGUGCCAGUGGGCAUCACAUGCGAUACGCCCGACGGGAACAUGAUCUGGACACUAGAAGACGAACGAGAACGAUAUGUCCAAGCGAGAUGUCAGCCUUCACACCAAGGCUACUCCGCGCAGUCGAAGCGAACGACAUUCUCAAGAUCAGACAUGUCAUCGAAGAAGCUCAAGGCCAGCGUCAGCUGAGUCGCAAUCUGCUAUCCAUCGGCUUAAUCAGGGCCUGCGACAAGGACUUCGCCGAUGUGGCCUCAUUCCUCCUCUCCAAGGGCGCCGAUCCAAAUUAUGCGAGUGGCAAUAAACCUCCCGCUCUUCUCAGGGCCGCGGAGUACGGUCUCGCUCGAAUCACUGAGACGCUCCUUGAUCAUGGUGCCGACAUUGAAGCAAGAGAGAAGAAACGGCGAACGUCUCUGAUGACCGCGGCCUGGAAAGGUCAUUUAGACAUAGUCAAGCUUCUCCUUGCUCGCGGAGCAUCCUUAGAGACCGUCGACAUCAGAGGUCGCAAUGUGCUUCAUAAUCUUGCCGCUGACAAAGGCGACAAGAAGACCUCUGGGAAGCCUACGAACAGGCCAAGACGGAAGUGGAGUAUCGACAUCGUACAUUACAUUCUUGGAGCAGGGAUCAAUCCGGAUGAAGUGGACGCCCUGGGGAGGACAGCACUUCAUUGGGCCGCAGUGACAGACAAUGAGGAAAUGAUGAAGCUUCUCCUGACGGUCCGAUUUCGAGGAGAAUCGCCCCAAGCUCGUUGCAACGCUAGGGAUAGCAGGAUGAAGACUGCACUUCAUUUGGCUGCGUCGCACAAUCGUUGUCACUUGCUACAGGUACUUCUUGCUCAUAAGGCGGAUGUGCAUGCUCGGUCGGAUGGAGGCUGGACAGCUCUUCAUAAUGCUUGUCAGUCUGGCCCCUGGUCUAUGGUCAAAGCUCUUAUCGAUGCUGCGUGCGAUGAGGAGGAAAGGGCAAGCUUGAUCAAUUGCGAGCUGCUCAAUGGCAGAACGCCGCUUCAUGUCGCAGCAGAGUUUGGUAACCAAGAAGCUGCCGAAUGCCUUCUGGAGCAACCAUUGCUGAAACGUGGUGUCAAGGAUCGCUUCGGAACCACACCUUUACUUAUGGCUGCACAACACGGGAAGACUCAUAUUGCUGAGAUGCUCGCUCCAUGGAACCACAUCAUUGAUCUAUCCGAGGACGAAAAGGACGCCGCAAAGCAGUUUAUGGCCACCAUUGUCGAUUUUGGUGAUUUUCGAAACGAAAACCGAGUCACGCGGCGUUCAGUGUACGAGCUUCUGUAUGCGAGAGACGUCAAGGAUGCCACGAAGCAUUUGAUUUCGACUGUCCCCAAGAACGUGAAGUCGACCAAGUUCCGCUGGAUCCACCUACCUGCGAACAACAUUGCAUGGAGUGAGACCUUACUCACGAAACGCUUUCUAGAGGAGGGUGCUACUGAUAUUGAAGGCUACAAAGCGCUGGAGUCAUCGUUUAGCCAUCAGCACCGUGGUCAAAAGCAUCACAGCCGCUUCAUGAGACCUAUGUGUCAAGUUGUGCAGCGCACAACACCGGAAGGCGACGAAUCUGGAACGCCUGCUGUUAUUGUCGAAGAAGCAGACAAGUUGUCUGCUUUACCAGGGAAUUCGACCAAAGGCAAGCAGAACGAGAAACAUACGAAGGCUCCGGCACAGACGAGUGAUGCUCAGGCGAGCGCUGGAGCGGACACUACCGCGGCCAAGAAGCAUAAGUCGGGCAGACCACCAGCUCGACAAGAUACCACAGAGACUAACUCGACACUGGCGACCUCAGAAGCUUCUAUGGAGCCCAAGCAGAUCAAACGCCAGGAGACGUCGUCUACAUUGGGCUCGAGUGGUGCUAAGCGUGGUAGUAAGAACUCAGCAAAUCGGUCGAAGAAAGAUCCCUCACGCCAGCAGUCACGCGGCCUUAGUCUUGAGAAAAGUCCGUCUCGGAAAGGAGUAAACAGCGCGUGUAACGUCUUCAUGUUCAUGCCUUACCUGCAUUUCGAGACAGAUCGUCGUCGCCAGGAGAUGCAGCGAGCUGUUGAGAAUGCCGAAAGGCUCCUUGCGCGCCAAGCUGUCUCCGUGUUCGCUGAUGAGGUACUUAUUCGAGCACAUCUUACGAAAAGCAGCUCGUUUCUCCACGUACGUCGCACUCUGGAUCAAUUCUUCUAUCACAACAUCGACACCCACAGCAGAGACUGCGAUCAAGUGGUGUACAGAUUCCAGAAGAAGAAUAAGAAAGACGAGGAUGUAGAUCCCAAAAUCUUCAUGGUCGACCAGCUAUGGAUGUGGAUCCUAGGCAAGGAUCUAGUAGUCACCAGCUUCCCUCAACGAUGGCGUCAGCCUCGAAACGAUCCUCUCAAUGUGCUGGAAGGCAUUAUCGAAGACAUCAAUUCGAAGACAAGAGAGCCUGUGCAAAAUGUGUAUGAGCUGGCCAUUUCCAUCGCUGGCCGCUGCUACGGAACCUUUGACCGACAUCGCAAAGGUGACGAUGACUUCCAAUUCCUCGACAUGUUCGAAGCUUCCAUUGGUGCUGCCAUGGAUAACGAAGCGAGCCUUUUUCAAGACUUUAGCAAAGCGUCUCGACAAGCCUCCGAAUGGCUUCACAGCCACAAGAAGCCCAACAAGUUCGCCCAGCACCUUGAACGAGAAUCCAAAGCGUGCGAGCACGCUGCCAAAAAGCACCCAGGAAAGGGAGGAGAUCUCGAACUGCACCUUGAUGAGAGCGAUCGGGAACCACAAUUCGUCGACAAGCUGCUCGACGUAGGAUCCGAGACCGACCUUCUCGCAGAAAUCAAAGACAUCCGCGACGAACUCGACAUCAUCCGGAUGGUUCUCAACCACCAACAACACCUCCUCCCCGACCUUCAACGCGCAAUCACCAACAUCUACAAAGACGAGCGCUCCUACGCACAAGAGAAAAAAGUGCACAAAAUCUUCGGCGAACAAGAAAAAAUCAUCGCAAACCCCCUCAAAGACAUCGACCGCAUGGACAAACAAGCAGAACGCAUCUACGGCAGCAUCCGCGACCUCCUCGAUCUCAAACAAAAACACGCCAACGCCUUCGAAGCGCGCUUCGCCCGCGACCAAGCCGCCGGAACCCAACGCCAAGGCCAAACAAUCAUGGUCUUCACCAUCGUCACCAUAAUCUUCCUCCCCCUAUCCUUCAUCUCCUCCUUCUUCGCCAUCAACGUCGACGAAUUCCCCCACCCCUACGGUCCGAACACGUCGCAAUCCCUGCAUUUAUCUUAUGCAUCCGCCUACAUUUUCGGCAUAGGUUUGGCCAUCAGUCUACCCUGUGUCGCUGCGGCGUUGAGUGUCGAUCAAAUCAAUCGUUUCGCUGCUGCGAUUAAGCAUCGGGUUCAUGCGAGAUGGUUGAAGAUGAAAGCCAAGUGGUAUCCGGAGGCAGUGCAGCAUGAACUGGAGGCUUUGAGUAUUGAGAAUUCGUUGAGUGUGGCGAGGAGUUUGAGGAGGAGUAUGGAUGUGAAUGGGAACGAGAAUUCUGGGAAUUUGAAUCUGAAUGGAAAUGGACAUGCGAAGAAGUUUGUGAGUCCUGUGAGGAGGAGUGUGGAUUCGACACGGGAUGAUAGGGAGAAUGGGCUGGGAAUUGGACCUGGAGCGCGGAAGAAGGAAUGCGAGGACGGAUACACUAUAGCCCUCCAUCUCUUUGAUUGAAGAGAAGAUGUCGUAUUUGGAUGUGAAUCGUCUUG